CAGCCCCGAGCGGCAGUGCUAAAGGAGCCCGGCGGAGGCAGCGGUGGGUUUGGGACUGAGGCGCCGGAUCUGUGGUCGCUGCUGGGGACGUGCGCCGGCGCCACCAUCUUCGGCUGAAGAGGCAGUUGCUCUUGGAUCCUUGUUUACAAUGGCGCAGAGAACUGGACUGGAGGAUCCCGAGAGGUAUCUCUUCGUGGACAGGGCCGUCAUCUACAACCCUGCCACCCAAGCUGAUUGGACGGCUAAAAAGCUCGUGUGGAUUCCAUCCGAACGCCAUGGUUUUGAGGCAGCUAGUAUCAAGGAAGAACGGGGAGAUGAAGUUAUGGUGGAGCUGGCAGAGAAUGGAAAGAAAGCGAUGGUCAACAAAGACGACAUUCAGAAGAUGAACCCCCCCAAGUUCUCCAAGGUGGAGGAUAUGGCAGAGCUGACGUGCUUGAACGAAGCUUCCGUUUUACAUAACCUGAAGGAUCGCUACUAUUCCGGACUUAUCUACACGUACUCCGGACUCUUCUGUGUAGUCAUAAAUCCUUACAAGAACCUUCCGAUUUACUCCGAGAACAUCAUUGAAAUGUACAGAGGGAAGAAGCGCCACGAGAUGCCUCCGCACAUCUAUGCCAUAUCCGAGUCUGCCUACAGGUGCAUGCUGCAAGAUCGUGAGGACCAGUCCAUUCUUUGCACGGGCGAGUCUGGUGCCGGGAAGACGGAGAACACUAAGAAGGUCAUUCAGUACCUUGCCCACGUGGCUUCUUCGCACAAGGGGAGAAAGGACCAUAAUAUCCCUGGAGAACUUGAACGGCAGCUUUUACAAGCAAAUCCAAUUCUGGAAUCCUUUGGAAAUGCGAAGACUGUGAAAAAUGACAACUCAUCUCGCUUUGGCAAAUUUAUUCGGAUCAACUUUGAUGUAACUGGCUAUAUCGUUGGGGCCAACAUUGAAACAUACCUUCUGGAAAAGUCUCGUGCUGUUCGUCAGGCAAAAGAUGAGCGGACUUUUCACAUCUUUUACCAGUUGUUAUCCGGAGCAGGAGAGCACCUGAAGUCGGAUUUGCUCCUCGAAGGGUUUAACAACUACAGGUUUCUCUCCAAUGGCUACAUUCCCAUACCCGGCCAGCAGGACAAGGAUAACUUCCAGGAGACCAUGGAAGCGAUGCACAUCAUGGGCUUCUCUCACGAAGAGAUUCUGUCAAUGCUCAAAGUAGUAUCCUCAGUGCUGCAGUUUGGCAACAUUUCUUUCAAAAAGGAGAGGAACACCGAUCAAGCUUCCAUGCCGGAGAACACAGUUGCACAGAAGCUCUGCCACCUGCUUGGGAUGAACGUGAUGGAGUUCACUCGGGCCAUCCUCACGCCCCGCAUCAAGGUCGGCCGGGACUGCGUGCAGAAAGCCCAGACCAAGGAGCAAGCCGACUUUGCGGUAGAAGCCUUGGCAAAAGCCACCUACGAGCGACUCUUCCGCUGGCUCGUCCACCGCAUCAACAAAGCUCUGGACCGGACCAAGCGCCAGGGAGCGUCUUUCAUCGGGAUCCUGGAUAUUGCUGGAUUUGAAAUUUUUGAGCUGAACUCCUUCGAGCAGCUGUGCAUCAACUACACCAACGAGAAGCUGCAGCAGCUCUUCAACCACACCAUGUUCAUCCUGGAGCAGGAGGAGUACCAGCGCGAGGGCAUCGAGUGGAACUUCAUCGACUUCGGGCUCGACCUGCAGCCCUGCAUCGACCUCAUCGAGAGACCUGCUAACCCCCCUGGGGUGCUGGCCCUUUUGGAUGAAGAGUGCUGGUUCCCCAAAGCCACAGAUAAAACCUUUGUGGAAAAACUGGUUCAAGAACAAGGCUCACACUCCAAGUUCCAGAAGCCUCGGCAGCUGAAAGACAAAGCUGACUUCUGCAUCAUCCACUAUGCAGGGAAGGUGGAUUACAAAGCGGACGAGUGGCUGAUGAAGAACAUGGACCCCCUGAAUGACAACGUGGCCACCCUCCUGCACCAGUCGUCGGACAGAUUUGUCGCUGAGCUCUGGAAGGAUGUGGACCGCAUUGUGGGUCUGGACCAAGUCACGGGCAUGACAGAGACCGCCUUUGGCUCCGCGUACAAGACCAAGAAGGGCAUGUUCCGCACCGUCGGGCAGCUGUACAAAGAGUCCCUCACCAAGCUCAUGGCCACCCUGCGCAACACCAACCCCAACUUCGUCCGCUGCAUCAUUCCCAACCACGAGAAGCGGGCUGGGAAACUGGACCCGCACCUCGUGUUAGACCAGCUGCGCUGCAACGGCGUCCUGGAGGGCAUCCGCAUCUGCCGCCAGGGCUUCCCCAACCGCAUCGUCUUCCAGGAGUUCAGACAGAGAUAUGAGAUCCUCACUCCAAACGCUAUUCCUAAGGGUUUUAUGGACGGCAAACAGGCCUGUGAGCGAAUGAUCCGAGCUUUAGAACUGGACCCCAACUUAUAUCGAAUUGGACAGAGCAAGAUAUUUUUCAGAGCUGGAGUUCUGGCACACUUAGAGGAAGAACGGGAUUUAAAAAUCACCGACAUCAUCAUCUUCUUCCAGGCCGUCUGCAGAGGUUACCUCGCCAGAAAGGCCUUCGCCAAGAAGCAGCAGCAGCUCAGCGCCCUGAAGGUGCUGCAGCGGAACUGCGCGGCCUACCUGAAGCUGCGGCACUGGCAGUGGUGGCGCGUCUUCACCAAGGUGAAGCCUCUGCUGCAGGUCACGCGCCAGGAGGAGGAGCUUCAGGCCAAAGACGAGGAGCUGCUGAAGGUGAAGGAGAAGCAGACGAAGGUGGAAGGCGAGCUGGAGGAGAUGGGGCGCAAGCACCAGCAGCUCCUGGAGGAGAAGAACAUCCUUGCCGAGCAGCUGCAGGCCGAGACCGAGCUCUUCGCGGAAGCAGAAGAGAUGAGAGCGAGGCUGGCGGCCAAGAAGCAGGAGCUGGAGGAGAUUCUGCACGACCUGGAGUCCAGGGUGGAGGAGGAGGAGGAGAGAAACCAGAUCCUCCAGAACGAGAAGAAGAAGAUGCAAGCGCACAUCCAGGACCUGGAGGAGCAGCUGGACGAGGAGGAGGGGGCCCGGCAGAAGCUGCAGCUGGAGAAGGUGACGGCGGAGGCCAAGAUCAAGAAGAUGGAGGAGGAGAUCCUGCUGCUGGAGGACCAGAAUUCCAAGUUUCUCAAAGAAAAGAAGCUCAUGGAAGACCGCAUUGCCGAGUGCUCCUCCCAGCUGGCUGAGGAGGAGGAGAAGGCAAAGAACCUGGCCAAGAUCCGGAACAAGCAGGAAGUGAUGAUCUCGGAUUUGGAAGAACGCCUGAAGAAGGAGGAGAAGACUCGGCAGGAACUGGAAAAGGCCAAGCGGAAACUGGACGGCGAGACCACGGACCUGCAGGACCAGAUCGCCGAGCUGCAGGCGCAGAUCGACGAGCUCAAGAUCCAGCUGGCCAAGAAGGAGGAGGAGCUGCAGGGCGCGCUGGCCAGAGGUGACGACGAGACACUGCACAAGAACAACGCGCUUAAGGUGGUGCGGGAGCUGCAAGCCCAGAUCGCCGAGCUGCAGGAAGACUUCGAAUCCGAGAAGGCGUCACGGAACAAGGCCGAGAAGCAGAAGCGGGACUUGAGCGAGGAGCUGGAAGCCCUGAAGACGGAGCUGGAGGACACUCUGGACACCACCGCGGCGCAGCAGGAACUGCGCACGAAACGUGAACAGGAAGUGGCAGAGCUGAAGAAGGCUCUGGAGGAAGAAACUAAGAACCACGAAGCUCAGAUCCAGGACAUGAGGCAGAGACACGCAACCGCCCUGGAGGAGCUCUCGGAGCAGCUGGAGCAGGCCAAGAGGUUCAAGGCAAACCUGGAGAAGAACAAGCAGGGCCUGGAGACGGACAACAAGGAGCUGGCGUGCGAGGUGAAGGUGCUGCAGCAGGUCAAGGCCGAGGCCGAGCACCGGCGGAAGAAGCUGGACGCCCAGGUGCAGGAGCUGCACGCCAAGCUGUCCGAGGGAGACAGGCUGAGGGCGGAGCUGGCCGAGAAGGCAAGCAAGCUGCAGAAUGAGCUGGACAACGUCUCGGCCCUCCUGGAGGAAGCAGAGAAGAAGGGAAUUAAAUUUGCCAAGGACGCCGCCAGUCUAGAGUCUCAGCUACAGGACACACAGGAGCUGCUCCAGGAGGAGACGCGGCAGAAGCUAAACCUGAGCAGUCGGAUCCGGCAGCUGGAGGAGGAGAAGAGCAGCCUGCAGGAGCAGCAGGAGGAGGAGGAGGAGGCCAGGAAGAACCUGGAGAAGCAGCUGCUGGCCCUGCAGUCCCAGUUGGCCGACACCAAGAAGAAGGUGGACGAUGACUUGGGAACCAUUGAAAGUUUGGAAGAAGCCAAGAAGAAGCUGCUCAAGGACGUGGAGGCCUUGGGCCAGCGCCUGGAGGAGAAGGCGCUGGCCUACGACAAGCUGGAGAAGACCAAGACCCGCCUGCAGCAGGAGCUGGACGACCUCACCGUGGACCUGGACCACCAGCGCCAGAUCGUCUCCAACCUGGAGAAGAAGCAGAAGAAGUUCGACCAGCUGUUGGCGGAAGAGAAGAACAUCUCUGCUCGCUAUGCAGAGGAGCGGGACCGGGCGGAAGCAGAGGCCAGGGAGAAGGAAACCAAAGCCCUGUCCCUGUCGCGGGCGCUGGAGGAAGCCCUGGAGGCCAAGGAAGAGUUUGAGCGGCAGAACAAGCAGCUCCGCGCGGACAUGGAGGACCUGAUGAGCUCCAAAGACGACGUGGGGAAGAACGUCCAUGAACUUGAAAAAUCCAAGCGGGCCCUGGAGCAGCAGGUGGAGGAGAUGAGGACCCAGCUGGAGGAGCUGGAGGAUGAGCUGCAGGCCACGGAGGACGCCAAGCUGCGCCUGGAGGUCAACAUGCAGGCCAUGAAGGCCCAGUUCGAGCGGGACCUGCAGACCCGAGACGAGCAGAACGAGGAGAAGAAGCGGCUGCUGAUUAAGCAGGUGCGGGAGCUCGAGGCCGAGCUGGAAGACGAGCGCAAACAGCGGGCGCUCGCUGUUGCUUCCAAGAAGAAAAUGGAAAUAGACCUGAAGGACCUUGAAGCGCAAAUCGAGGCCGCGAACAAAGCCCGGGACGAAGUGGUCAAGCAGCUUCGCAGACUGCAGGCCCAGAUGAAGGAUUACCAGCGGGAACUGGAAGAAGCGCGUGCGUCCCGAGAUGAGAUUUUUGCCCAAUCCAAAGAGAGUGAGAAGAAACUGAAGAGCCUAGAAGCGGAGAUCCUGCAGCUACAGGAGGAACUCGCCUCAUCUGAGCGCGCCCGCCGGCACGCCGAGCAGGAGCGAGACGAACUGGCCGACGAGAUCGCCAACAGUGCUUCUGGCAAGUCGGCGCUGCUGGAUGAGAAGCGGCGUCUGGAGGCGCGGAUCGCACAGCUGGAGGAGGAGCUGGAGGAGGAGCAGAGCAACAUGGAGCUGCUCAACGACCGCUUCCGCAAGACCACGCUGCAGGUGGACACGCUAAACGCAGAGCUAGCUGCGGAGCGCAGCGCCGCGCAGAAAAGCGACAACGCGCGCCAACAACUGGAGCGGCAAAACAAGGAGCUGAAGGCCAAGCUGCAGGAGCUGGAGGGGGCUGUCAAGUCCAAGUUCAAGGCCACCAUCUCGGCUCUGGAAGCCAAAAUCGGGCAGCUGGAAGAGCAGCUUGAGCAAGAAGCCAAGGAACGAGCAGCCGCCAACAAACUCGUCCGCCGCACUGAGAAGAAGCUGAAGGAAAUCUUCAUGCAGGUUGAAGAUGAGCGUCGCCAUGCAGACCAGUAUAAGGAGCAGAUGGAGAAGGCCAAUGCCAGGAUGAAGCAGCUGAAGCGCCAGCUGGAGGAGGCAGAGGAAGAAGCUACACGUGCCAACGCCUCUCGGCGCAAACUCCAGCGGGAACUGGAUGACGCCACCGAGGCCAACGAGGGCCUGAGCCGCGAGGUCAGCACUCUGAAGAACCGGCUGAGGCGUGGAGGCCCAAUUAGCUUCUCUUCCAGCCGAUCUGGCCGGCGCCAGCUGCACAUCGAGGGGGCUUCCCUGGAGCUGUCAGAUGACGACACAGAAAGUAAGACCAGUGAUGUCAACGAGACGCAGCCACCCCAGUCCGAGUGAAGCCGCGGGAAGCCGGAGGGGGCUGUGCGGUGGACACAGAGGAACUGGCCCGGCGCCAGCCCGCCUGGGGCCUCCUACGCGUUUAAGAAAUUGGCAAGCUACGGGACUCCUUACGAAAGAUCAACUGUGUCUUAAGACUCUGCAGCCUACGCAUCCUGUAUCCUGCUUCAAAUUAGGCACAGCCACUCCCCUUUUUAUAUAUACACAGACACCAGACACGCGCGUAUUGAAGAUUCUCAUCAUCCCAUCUAUUUUCCAUAUAGUCAUCGAGAGACAUUUUAUAACACAUGUUAAGAAGAGAUCCCUUUUUAAAUGAACUCCGGACCCCUGGAGGCCAGUCGCUGGGUCGGGGCAGCCCCGUGGCCGCCGUCGCUCUGCAUGCUCUGUCGCAGACAGAUCACUUAGUUCUGUGUCCGUGUGGCCCGACUCCUCAGCCACAUCAGUCGCUUAGAACAUUGUGGAACCCAAACUGCACUUGUGUCUCUCAUUUCCUUCGAAAAAUGAUACGCUGUUUCCGUGAGCAAACUGUGAAGGGGGCUUGGGAACCAUCAGAGGGGUGGGCUGCACUGGGGCUGCUGCGCCCCUACAGUUGACAGUGUCCCUGCGUCCACCCAUGUGAACUGUCCUCAGCCAGGGCUGGUGUGGGCAUUAAGAGGGUGGAGGCCCCAAGUGGCAGCCAGCCCAGAGGCGCUCAGUCUCCCGAAGCUCCUGGCAGGAGCAGGAGCUGGCCCAAGGCUCCCCCUCGCCAGCCAGGCCCCCAUGCCGACCUUGCAAAUUCAGCCGCUGCUUUGAGCCCAAAAUGGGAUCAUAGGUUUUGUGUCCGAGGCUUGUUCCAAGCUUGUCAGUGAGGUUAAGAGGACCUCAGGGACAGAGGCCACUGCCUGAAUGUUGACAUGCCAGUGGGGUGAAUCCCUUCUCACUUUUCCUUUUCCCUCCCCUCGGGACAGUGUUACAGUGAACACUUAGCAUUCUGUUUUUGGUUGAUAGCUGAGCAAACUGACAUUACAGAAAGUGCCUUAGACACUACAGUACUAAGACAAUGUUAAAAUAUAUUAUUUGCCUCUCAACAAUUUAAUGUAUUAAGUUUUAACUGUGCUUCAUAUCAUGUACCUCUCUAGUCAAAGUGGUAUUAUAAACAUUCAGUGACAAUGAAUCAGUGUUAAUUAUAAAUCCUUGAUCCUCUGCAAUGUGCUUGAAAACACAAACCUUUUGGGUUAAAAGCUUUAACAUCUGUUAGGCAGAACUCGUCGUGUGGGUUUGGAAUUUUGAGUUUCCCCUUUAUGAACUGUCCUGGCUGUUGACCACCAGACACCUGACUGCAAAUAUCUUUUCUUGUAUUCCCAUAUUUCUAGACAAUGAUUUUUGUAAGACAAUAAAUUUAUUCAUUAUAGAUA